GAUCGUGCGUGGUGGUUGCCGGUUUGUGGUUGUUCGAUUUGUGGUUAUUUUCGAAGUUUUGAUAUUAUGUGGCUAGGUUCAAUUCAAUAGUUAUAUCUCAAGAGCGGCAUUUGUCUUGCAAGUAUAACCUACUUUCAAAUCAUAUCAAAAAUGGUAAAGCUCAAACCCCCAACUUCGCCAAAGAUAACCAAGAAGAAAAGUUCUUUAGGGAAAACAGAAAACAUCAAAAGUAAGACAAUAAUGAAACCACCAGGCAGACAACGUAGGAGGAGAGGAAUUCAAAAGAAAACGAAAAGAGAUCCGACUGGUGUUGUAUAUCUAAGUCACAUUCCACAUGGAUUCUACGAAGAGCAAAUUGAAGGUUACUUCAGUCAGUUUGGAAAAGUCACUGGCGUCAAUGUCCCUAGAAGCAAGAGUGGAAGAGCCAAAGGAUAUGCAUUUAUUGAGUACAAGUACCCAGAAAUUGCUCAAAUUGCGGCAGACACGAUGAACAACUAUUUGAUGAUGAAUCGUCUGAUGAAAGCAAAGUACAUCCCUCCUGACAAGCAGAAACCUAAACUUUUCCACUUAGCAAAACUAGCCCGACAAAACAAUGAAACACUCGCAAAGAAAGCAGAACUCGCAAUCAAGCAUAACCGAAAAGUAAAAAAUCGUUAUUUGAAAAUGUCUCUAACAGUUAACAAGAUAAAUGGCUUGCUGAAGAGGAAGGAGCUGUUGGCUAAGCGGAUGCAAGAUUCAGGAUUGAAUGCUAAUUUUGAGGUUGAAGAGGCAAACUAUGAAUCAGUAUUGCAGCAAAAAAAGGAACUUGAUGCAGUCAAGAAAAACAAUAUUAAAGAACAAGAAUCUAUGUCAGAAAGUGAAGAAGCGACAGACUCUGAUGAACAUUCUCCUGGAAGUUCUCUAGAGAGUGAUGAUUCUUCUUUAGGUGAUAGUGAUAAAGAUGAUUCUCUCUCAGAAAGUGACGACGAGGAUAGGAGAACAAGCAUAUUCAAGGCAAGAAGAGCUUCUAGAGAUAUACUAAAGAAAAAAAUGAAAAGUAAAACCGUUAAUACUCAUUUGAAAGUAAAUUCACUACGGAAAAGUCUUGUAGUUGAUGCUAUUAAAUCUUUCACAAAUUCACCACAGAAAAGCCUUGUUGUGGAUGAUAUUAAAUCCUCCAAUUCCUUUACUCCAACACAAUUGAGGCCUCGCAAAAGUCUGAAUAAAAACAUAACAUCUUCGGUUGAAAGAACUCAGUUAUCUGGAAAAAAGAGAAAAGCUGUCCUUCAAACUCCCUCAGAGAAGAAAUUAAAUGUUUCACUAACAGCAAUGGCAGUUAACAACAGUCAAGAAGACAAAAAUUGCAAUACUCCUUCUGGUACAAUAAAGAAACUCAUCAAGGCUGGGAAAAACUCUGCAAAAAGUACACCAAAAGAAAAGGCUGCCAGUCAGGGUUUGCCAACCAAACAGAAUUCAUCAAAGAAAACCCCUAAGAAAGAAGUAAAAUUACUAAAAGAAGUUUCACCUGCUACUCCAAAGUCACCAUCAGGGAAGAAACUGAGGCACAGACAAUUGAAAAACAUUUUGAGUUCUUAGUAAAUAAGCUUUAGAAUUCAAAACACCCUUCCUCAGCAUUAUCUGUACAUCAACUUUAUCUGUUAACAAUGUUAAAACUAUUGGUGAUAUCUUAUUCAUUUUUAUGAAAUUUCUCAUAUAAGGAAUAAGCUAUUACCGUAGGUAUCAGAUCGCAAAAGAGUUAGGAAUCAGCAUCAUUGGUCCCUGGGAAUGGGGUUUAGUGGGGUGAAAGUUUAAAAAAUAGUAAUUUUCAGUUUUGGCAACAGUUGUGUUGUAGUUUUUUGUUGUUGUUUGAUUUACUUAAUCUUUUUCCUUUCUUCCCAAGAAGGACAUAGGGCUGUGACAAACUUUCUUUUCAUUAUAUCACCAAAAAUGACUUGCUUUUGCUCUUAUUAACAGCUCUCCAUUUUUGUCAUCAUUUUAUGGCCAAAACUUGUUGGUUAUUCGUCUGAGACAUUUGUUGAACACUUGUGUGUGUUACAGCUUUUGUGACCUUUAGUUAGCAUGUUUAUAUUUUGACCAAAUUUGGCAAAUUUAUUUAAUAUAUACUAAGCUAUAAAAUUUUACCCAAACACUUAGAGUCCCGCAAACUCGGCACUCGAUAACCCGGCAGUCUGGAUAACUCGGCCAUCACAUUGCUCAGAAAAUUAGUUAUUUUUUGAGUUAAAUAUGUAUGUACAGUAUACAUUUUUUUAUUUCCUAAGGCACCAAGGAUUUGUUUUAGUCUAUCUGAUGACUUAAUACUGACUUGUAAUAUAAAUAUAUAAAAAGACGGUUGAAAAGCUUAAAAAUUGUAUUGUUCUAAUUUUUAACGAUAGUUCCUGAUAACCUGGCAUAUCACAAACUCGGCACCCUUCCAGUCCACAUUACGCAGAGUUUGUGGGACUCUACUGUAUAACCUCUCUGUAGCAGCAAACCUUUAACCAAGAAGUUCAGUUACACACAGUCACAAAGGUGGAAUUCAAGUAGUUAAUGAGUACUUUUUAAUGCUCACAUGUUUAAUUGUAACAACUUUUAUGUAAAUUAAUAUGCUCCAGGAACAAGAUUGGCACUUCAGUUGAAGUCUUCACUGCCAGCAGUUCGGCAUGCUGCAGCUAACAUAAGACAGAUCAUUUGAAGAUUCUUAGAUGAAAGUAUAAUAGAAUCAAUUUUAUUCUAUGUAUUGCUGUUUUCUUAAUUUUUGUUUAUUAUUGCUAAUAUUAUUGUUAUUAUUACUUGUUUACAUAUUUAUUUAUUUUGUAGCUUGUUUUCAUAGUUGACAGAAAAUAGUAAUGUAUAAGUCUAACAAAGAUUGGAGAAUAAGUGGAAUAUAAAAAGGGAAUAAAUCUAGGAAUCUUAAGUUCAAAUAGGCAAAUGAAAAUUCACUUAGUCUGCAGGUUUACUACAACAAGGGUAUUUAGACCUGAUUAUUGGAAGCAAAUUUAAUGUUUUUUUUUAAAAUUUGUAAGAUGUGCAAAUUUGGUCUGGCUGUAUAUUGUUAUCUUAUUAAUGUUUUAGGUUUUUGUAUUUGACUAUAGUAUUUUGUAUACUUCCCCCGUGCGGUUUCCGGGGAUAGAAUAGGACCGCAGCUUCCCCGGCUUGUCGUAAGAGGCGACUAACAGGGGGGGAGAUCCUUCUCUUCAUGCUCCCUUCUUUCUCUCAGGCCUUUCUUUUUGUCUAACCUUUUUUAGGGGCUCUCUUGCCUUUCUUUGCUGUUCUGCCUUUUUGUGGUGGUAAUCCUAUUGCUUCCCUUGCUCCUGCAGUCUGUUCUGGUUUUAUUCCCUGUGUUGGGAAUGGGGUUUUUAUUCUCUGUGUUGAGGAUACGGUUUUGUAUUCCCUGUGUUGGGAACAGGGUUUUUAUUCAUCCUGAGUUUGGGUUGUUAUAAUAUGUAUUUCAUACAUAAGUAAUUAAUAUAAACAAAUAAGUAAGAAAGCAAUAUAUGUUAACUAAUAUUGACAAUAAUAAUAAUAAUAAUAUCAACAAUAAUUAACAAAUAACAAGUCUUAUUUUAUAAUUCCUAGAGAGUCUUGUCCUUUCCUCUUCAGCUUUUAUUGUGGUGACGAUCCUUUUGCUUUGCUUUUCCUGCAUAUUUUCUAGUCUUUCCUGUGUUGGGAAUAGCUCUCUUGGCUGGUAUUUUUAGUGUUGUCAUCAGCCUCGACUUCCUCUUUCUUUGUAGUAGGCUUUUUUCCUUUAACCAUUGUACACUCAGAAUUUGUGCUGGAUUAAAUUUGAGACACUAAUCGCUACUAUUAAAUCCCGUUUCAAGAAUAAGCCUAGUUAGGAUCAGCAAUAACCGAUAAACCGGUGAAAUAAAUGAAUAACCAUAUAAUUAACAUAUAUAUAUAUAUAUAUAUAUAUAUAUAUUAAUAAUAUAUAUAAUUAAAAUAAACAAAUAAGUAAGAAAGAAAUAUAAAUAUGUAAACGGAUAUUAAUAAUAACAAACCAUAAUAAUAAUAUUAACAAAUAUAACAACAACAGCUUUUUUUGCCUCUGUAAUGGCGAUCGGCUGCAUUGAUCCUGUGAGGGUUGUUUCUUAUCUAAACUUUGCUCCUGCUUUAAGCAUCAAAUCUCCUUUCAAUAUGCAAUGGUGUGUAACCUUCUUAUUUUACUGUCAAGAUCACAUUGCUCUUUAUUAAUAGAUAAAAAUUGGGUAUGAAGAGUCAGGAAAGGGUUAAACUAAAGUGCAAAUCUCGUUCCUGGAUCUCAUAAUUCGGGAAAUGGUAAUCUUAAGCAUUGUAUAGAUAAUCUGUGUUAUGAAUAAAUGUUUUUUUCCUAAA